AUGUCGUCAUCCAACGAGCUUGUAGAAGCUGAGACGGAAGUUGAGGCAGCCGAUGAAAUGGCCGAUGAAAUCAUGGGGCCUUUGCCUGUCUCAAAAAUGGAGGGCAUGUCGGAACAAAAAGUCGAUAAGAUCCUAUCGGAAGCUGCCAAGUUGGUGCCACUCGGAUUUACCACAGCGACCGAAUAUCACCAGCGUCGGUCAGAUCUAAUUACCAUCACGACAGGAUCGCCGGCGCUGGACCUCGUCAUUGGCGGGGGUAUGGAGACUGGCAGUAUCACAGAAUUAUUUGGCGAGUUCCGUACAGGCAAGAGUCAGAUCUGCCAUACACUCGCUGUCACCUGUCAGCUUCCUGUGGAUAUGGGUGGUGGCGAAGGCAAAUGCUUGUAUAUCGAUACAGAGGGUACAUUUCGGCCAGUGCGACUCCUAGCUGUGGCUGAGCGCUUUGGCCUCGACGGCGAGGAGGUACUAGACAACGUGGCAUAUGCGCGUGCCUAUAACGCUGAUCAUCAGUUAGAAUUGCUCGUUCAAGCAGCAGCCAUGAUGUCGGAGUCGCGGUUUGCGCUAUUGAUUGUCGAUUCGCUCACGUCUCUGUACCGUACGGACUUUGCAGGUCGUGGCGAGCUCUCAGCGAGACAGACGCAUUUGGCUAGGUUCCUUCGCACACUCAUGCGUCUUGCGGAUGAGUUUGGCGUAGCUGUCGUCGUAACAAAUCAAGUCGUUGCGCAAGUGGACAAUGCAGGUUUCGGCGGCAUGGAUACCAAGAAGCCCAUCGGCGGCAAUAUUGUCGCACAUGCGUCGACAACUCGACUUUCACUUCGUAAGGGUCGCGGCAAUCAGCGCAUUUGCAGAGUCGUCGAUUCACCAUCACUUCCGGAAGCCGAGGCAGUGUUUGCCAUCAAGCCCGAGGGUAUUACUGAUCCCGACGACUAA